GUGGUUAAUUAUGUUAAGCGUCCAAGAGAAUGCCUUUCCACGUUGGGCGCACAUGCAUUCUCUUGUCUUCUUUCUUUAUUUUCUACACAGAUAAUUGAUCAUCAAAUUAGUUACAGCAUGACGUAGUUCGACAAUAAUAGAAAUAAAGAACCAUCGACUGAGUAAAGGACGAUUUCCAUAGAACUGAUAUAACAUUCAAGAAUUGAAAUAUGCGAUGUGUUCGUACGUAUAUCUAUAUUUGCUCGAUAAAAUUACAUACAACGGUUGAGAAUUGUUUAAUAAAUGCCGAGCUCACUUUGUUGCGGCAGUGAUGAGUGCGAAAAAUGGAUUAAUAAAGGUUCUUGACCUAAACCCUGAUUAAUUAGUAUUUGUAUAAACAUAUUGUCUAUUACCUAUGUUCUAGUGUUUUUUCUACAUGUGCUAAUAGUCCACAGUAAACCAUGAGUACGCAGUAUCAGUUUUUUUUGUAAAGAACCUAGAACAGAAUCGGAGAAUAAAAUCAAAAGGCGAUACAAAAUGGAAGAAGAACUAAACAAGAUUCAAUGUAUCAAAAGCUUUUAAUUAUUUUUUCUUUUGCUAAGAACAAAAGCUUUGAACUAUAAUAUAUAGAACUAAACAAUAAAAAUGAGAGUUGGUCAAAAGGGAGGGAACAUAAAAUUAUAGGACUUGUUUUCUCCAAUGAAAUUAAGAUUAAAAAUGAAAUUCAAAAGCAUAAAAAUAUUGCUCACAUGCAACCCAAAUUCCUUUGUUCUCAAUAAUGCAUGUUUAUAAACUAGAUAAACUAUUUUUAGUUUAUACCAAAAGAAUUUGAAUGGAGUAUUUUGGUCAGAAUAUAUAUUAAGAAAUCGAAUUUGGGAAGAGACUAUAUACAGUAAUAGCCAAGCGGACAAACAUGAAUGAUUUAAAAUAAAACCAACUAGUAGAUGACAAGGAAAUAGAUAGAUGCCUUGGGACUAUAAAAUGGAAGAUUUUAAAGAAUGUGGCACUAUUCAUUGAAGUUGUAGCCUAUAAAAUUGGGAGCACAUGCCAUUACAAUUGUGAUUAUUGCACAUGUGGACAAAUGGGAGGAGGGGGGGGGGGGGGGGGGGGGGGGGGGGGGGGGGGGCGUAUACUAAAAACGAUAGAAUACGAAUUAUACGAUCCACCAUCACCGUCCCUAACAGUGGUCGGGUAGCCAAACAUUAAUAUGGUCUUUGGUCUUCCUCUGACACAAAACAAGAUCGUCUUAUAAAGGCUACCACUUGCUUCCUUCCUUACAUACUCUUAUCAAAUAUCAUAUCUCUCUGUAAGACUUCUAAUUUUUUAUAAUUUGUGUUCGUCAACAGUCAAUCACAGACUGUGAUUAGUUUUACAAUAUGAUAGAUAUAUGCUUAAGUAAUGACUUCAUGAUCCCAAUAAUUAAGUCGACUAUCUUCCAUUAUGCGGACAUCAUUGCACCCUUCUUUCCAAAUUAUUAAUCAUAAGAAAAAAACAAACUCAUUGUUUGUAUUAUUGUAUGAUUGAUAAGAGAUAAAUACUUUAUGUUUCACACUGUUCCAAAAAAAAAGAAAAAUUGUUCCAAUUCUUUUUUUACGUUUCAUAUAUGAAACAAUCAGGGUUUGCUUCUCUUUUCUCUGGAGAUGUAUGAUUAAAAUUGCAGUUCAUGCAUAUUCCAUCACCAUUUAAGUUGGACCAUCACAUGCAAUAGUAUUUGGACUCGUUCUACAAAAGUUAUUCUUCGAAUUUAAUAGUUUAUCUACUACGUUAUUUGCAAGAUCAUACAUUGGACACGGGACAUUGUUAUCUAAGGUAACAUGCUAAUCAUGGUUCUGUUAUCAUUCCUCAUCAUUUAUUUUCAGCUUAUUAUUAUUGAUGAUUGAUGAGUACGUAUACGUGUAUCGAAAUCUACUGCUAGCCGAUUAUUGUUUUUAUCUCUCAUUUGUAACAAAAUAAAACUCAUUUGUAUUUUAAGUACGAGUUAUAAUAGCUAGCAGCUAUAUGAUCAAAGUCAAUCUGAUCUAAGGAUUAGAUUUGAGCAGAAAAAUUUAUGAAAACACACGUGUAGAACCUUUGAAAAUGCAUGAAACAUGCAACCAAGGGGCAAAUUAUUUGAUAAUUAUAUAUUUUGAUUCACUGAUAAUUGAUAUACCAUGGGGGAGAAUUAACUCAAUGCAGUGCCAUUUAAAAAAAAAAUGAUGUUCAUAUUGGAAUAAAGAUUAAACAAAACAAAACAAAAAGUUACAGAAAGUGAAAAGGAAGGUACAGCUCUUAUAUAAAAGGGUUGUGGAAGGGUUCCUUUUCAAGACCAACACACAUUCCUUCUCUCUUUUCUCUUCUUCCUUCAACUAGAGAAAAUAAUAUAAACCUAACACUGAUUAAUUUGUGUAUACAUAAGGUACUAUAGAGAAACAUAGGAAAGAUGAACACAUCAAAGAGCAAGAAGAAGCAAGAAGAGGCUGGUACAAAGUUUCUUGGGGUGAGGAGGAGGCCUUGGGGAAGAUACGCAGCUGAGAUUAGAGACCCAACAACCAAGGAGCGUCACUGGCUUGGCACUUUUGAUACCGCCGAGGAAGCUGCCUUGGCCUACGAUAGAGCAGCUCGGUCCAUGCGUGGCACUCGCGCCCGAACCAACUUUGUCUACUCAGACAUGCCUCCUUCCUCUUCCGUCACUUCCAUCAUUUCUCCUGACGAUCCAACUCCAACUCCUCCUCCGCCUCCUCCUGCUGCUACUCCUUGCUCUGACGAUCCUGUUGAUUACCUGAUGAUGUUUAACCAAUAUUCAUCCACAGACUCGCCAAUGCUGCAGCCAGCUCAAGUGGAGAGUAGUUACAUGUUUGGUGGCUCUCCUUCUUGUUAUUCUAAUAGCAGCAGCGACCUGCCUCCUCUCCCGAGCGACCUAUCAAAUUCUUGUUACAGCCAACAACCGUGGAGCGUGGAAGACUACUCAUCAGCUAAUUAUUUCGAGGGUGAGUACGUUCACAGCCCAAUGUUCAGCACAAUGCCUUCUGUUUCUGACUCUUUGCCUCAAGGUUUCAAUCACUUCGGCUCCUAUAAUUAACCCUUUCUCAUAUAUAUUCUAUUCUUUUCUCAUUUGUACCUUUUUUAUAUUUCAUUAUGUUUCUCCGUCCUUGAUCUUUGUCUAAGAUCAAAGUGACUGUUUGUAUUAGUUUUUCAAUAAUAAAAUUUGUCUCCGUUUAUAUCUUAACAAAUGAAAAAAAAUAUUGUUAUGUAUUUUCUGUUCUUCACAAACUCACAUAAAUAAUUAGAUAUGGGCCUUAGAACUCAAAAGACUAUUCACUAAGAUGCAUGAUGGGCUAUGGCUUCACAUAAGUUACUAGUCAUGUUCAUUUUCUUAUGGUAUAGUAGAUUUAUAGGUUGACAUACAACUACUACAUUUGUGAUUUUUGGUGUAUAAUAUUGGUCAUGUAAUCUGGAAUGUUUCAUAUUUUUAUUUGUUCUGGUAACUUACCUUUUGUCGGCCUUCAAAAGAUGGUAGUAGGUUUGAAUAGUGAACCAUGUCUACCUAUCUCAAAAAGCUGGUUACCAAACAUAGUUUUUUUUAAAGUACAUAUAAGUGGUUCCCAUAAGAGGAAAUUAAAGUAGUGAAUAUGGAGAUGAAGUUUUUCUCUUUUUAUGCCAUUGCAACUGCACUUCUAGUUGUAGCCAACUUUGGGAUUAUGCAUACAAGUGGGCAAGGCGUUUCGUGCUUGAACCAGCUUGCUCCAUGCCUCAACUACCUCAAUGGAACCAAGGAUGUGCCAGAAGUUUGCUGUAACCCUCUAAAAUCUGUGAUUAGGAACAAUCCAGAGUGCUUGUGUCGUAUGAUAAGUAACCGUGGGAGUUCAAAGGCUGAACAAGCUGGCAUCAAUGUCAAUGAUGCUCAAAUGUUGCCUGCUCGAUGUGGAGAACACGUCAAUCCCAUUGCCUGCUUGACUCGUACGCAAUCUUUUCAUACUUAUAAAAACUCUUCUUCUUUUUCUUUUAACAGUCUAAAAAAUGGUUUUGUCUGAAUCUUGUGCAGGAUCUCGAGGAUCGACAAACGCAGACCAAAGUUCCUCCACUGGCAACUCCUCUUCUCAGUCCUACUGGAUGACAACAUUAGCUUUUGCAGUGACUCUUUUGUCAUUUAUUCUUCAAAUAAACUGAAGUAUCAGUGUCCAUCACCCUGUUCAUUUUUGUAUCCGUUUGAACAAAUGCUUAUGAGCUAUGAUUAUUGGUCGUUUAUUAAUGUACCGUUUGACGAUUUAUUCCACAUAAACAGUAUAAUUCCA